AUGGCCCUAAAAAGAUUUGUAGGCAGAAGAGGAGUUCCUCAUACAAUAUACACUGACAACGCCACUACCUUCCAUGCCGCUAAUAAAGAGCUAUCCAUUUUAUGGGACAACUUAACAUCGUCAAAAGUUCAGCAAUAUUAUGCCCAGACGGGAAUUAAGUGGAAAUUUAUUGUUGCACGAGCGGCUUGGUGGGGAGGAUGGUGGGAACGUUUGAUCGGACUAACAAAAAGAUGUUUGCGAAAAUCCCUAGGUCGAACCUUGUUAGAUGAAGAAGGUCUUUCUACAGCAUUAGUUGGUGUUGAAGCCGCAUUAAAUAGUCGACCGUUAGUUUAUGAACAAGGAAAUGAUGAUCCUGAAGAAUCAUUAACACCAUCCCAUUUUCUUACCGGUAAAAGACUUACAACCAUACCUUCACAGCCUGCAGCAUCAAGUAGAAAUCUGACAAAAUUGUACAGGCAACAACAGGAUUUAUUAGACGCAUUUUGGAAGAAAUGGUCUAAGGACUAUCUAUUGCAAUUAAGAUCUUUCCACCAAGUUCGUAACGUUCAAAAAUCUUCUCAUGUUCGUGUUGGAGACAUAGUACUACUUCACGAAGAUGUAAGACCACGACAUACGUGGAAAAGAGGAUUGGUAACCGGACUAAUUAAAGGACGCGAUGGAAAAGUCCGGACUUGUACUUUACGUUCUGAGGGCAAGGAAAUCUCCCGACCUGUUCAACUGAUCAUUCCUCUUGAGGUUGAUCAGGGUGGGGAGGAUGUUCCAGACGCAACUGCGUGA